AUGGACGUCGAUGGUGAUGAUAUGAACCCCUCAUCUGCGGCAACGCCCAACCGCCAGCCACAUGUGGCGCCGCCGUUCGACCUCAAUUUGUGGGUCGACAAAAGUAACGAGCUCAUGCUCGUGGUGCAGAUCAUUGGCAACGGGUCCUCCUGUUAUUCUCUAGUCUCUACCAAUCACGACUCGUUCAAAGUAGUAGUAAAAGAUGAUAUGUCCAGCUUGUCGGCUCUACUCAAAUCUCAAAACUGCAAUCCCGAGCUGUAUGCGAAACCCUACGAUUAUCAGGUUAUAACUGCCUGCAACCCAUGGAUAUUGGUGACAUGUGGAGAGAUUGAUGGUACGGGUUUACAGUAUCUGUGGAACCCUUUUACCAUCGAGAUCAAAACUCUUCCACAGCCUCCCCUGCCUUUCCCACUCGACAUAGGCAUCAGUUUUUAA